GUCACCAGAGUCUGACAGUUCGUGUAGAAGUGUGUGUUUUCGCUUUCACAAGCCAUUUGCAGUUCGAAUUCCACAGGGUUCCUCAGUUUGAACAGCCGCCAUCAUGGUCGCCAUUUACGGUGUGGAGGAGAAGAAGACCAUCCCCAAUUACAUGAAAUACGUCAUUGGGGGCACUGCCGGCAUGUUGGGCACUUGCAUUGUCCAGCCCUUGGAUCUGGUGAAGACGAGAAUGCAGAUAUCGGGGGCCAGUGGUAAGCGCGAGUUCAAGAACUCCUUCGACUGCAUUGUCAAAGUGUUCAAGGCCGAGGGCAUACUGGCCUUCUACAAUGGCUUGAGCGCCGGGCUGAUGCGUCAGGCCACCUAUACAACGGCCCGCAUGGGAUUCUAUCAGAUGGAGGUGGAGGCAUAUCGCAAUAGCUAUAACCAGGCGCCCCCUGUCUUUGCCAGCAUGGGAAUGGGCAUCCUGGCGGGUGCUUUUGGUGCGAUGUUUGGCAAUCCCGCCGAGGUCUCACUUAUCCGUAUGAUGUCCGACAAAUCGGUGCCCGAGGCGCAGAGGCGAAACUACAAGAACGUCAUCGAUGCCUUUAUACGCAUCACCAAGGAGGAGGGACUCUUCGCGCUGUGGCGCGGCUGCCUGCCAACCGUGGGCCGUGCCAUGGUGGUCAACAUGGUGCAACUGGCCUCGUACUCCCAGCUAAAGAGCUACUUCCAUCAGUAUAUCAAUGAGGGCUUUCUGCUCCAUCUGACCGCAAGCAUGAUGUCCGGCUUUAUGACGACCGUGGCCUCCAUGCCGCUCGACAUGGCCAAGACGCGCAUCCAGAACCAAAAAGUGGUAGACGGCAAGGGCGAAUAUCGCGGCACCAUGGAUGUCCUGUUCAAGGUGACCCGUAACGAGGGCUUCUUCUCCAUGUGGAAGGGCUUCACCCCCUAUCUGUGCCGCAUUGGUCCGCACACGGUCUUUGCCUUUGUCUUCCUUGAGCAACUGAACAAGGCCUACUACAAGUUUGUGCUCGGCCAAUCCAGCUACGGCCCGGGAAUCUGAUCUGGUAAAUUUAUCAAAAAGCCCACGACUACUGUAAAUCAGUAAAUCUACUAAUUCAGUAAAUAUACUCAGUUUCA